CAGACGUCGAUAAGCACUUGCAUCGGCCAGGCUUAAUAAUCAUUCAGCUUUUUGAUAACCGAUAACAGUUAAUUUGUAAUACUAUAUUUUCUAUUUUGAAAAUAUAAUAAUAUAUUUUACUUGUAAAAAUGUGGAGAGUAUUUUGUGCUUUCGUUUUCAUUUCAAUUUUCGGCAUCAACGCGGCAGAUGAUGUGGGAGUUGAGUUGCCACAUGUGGAAUUCAAGCCAGUCCGGGAAUUAUCUAACGAUAUUCCGACAUGUCGGGAGAGCGACCUGAACAUAAACGAGUGCAUCAAGCAGGGCCUUCAGCAGAUAACGCCACGCAUGAAGUACGGCAUCAGUGAGCUCAACAUACCGCCCCUCGAUCCCUUCGAGAUGGGUAAGAGUUCCUACAACUACAAUGCCGGUGUCAUCCAGGGUCGCAUUUCCAUGAAGAAGGUGGUCGUUCGGGGAUUGAGCGAUGGCAUCGUCGAUAAGGUCGACUUCCGUUUGAAGAACAGGCGCGUCCGCAUGGAGAUUCUGUCGCAUGUUCCUCAGAUUCUGGUUGAUGGCUUCUACAAGGCUGACAUUAAGCUGAACGACCUGAAGCUCAACCCCAAAGGUGCUUUCAACAUUACCAUGACCAAUGUUGCAAUGAGGGCAAGACCAAUGGGAGAACUAUAUGACCGUGAUGGUCACACAUAUCUGCGUCUAACUAAACUGGAGACUGAGCCCAAAGUGGAAGAUCUGCAUUUCUAUGCCAACGGUCUGGUGCCCGAUCCAGCUCUGAACGAUGUCAUCUUGGACUUUAUCAAUCAGUAUUGGCGUCAGCUCUAUCAGGCCAUGCUACCCGAGACGUUAGCCACCUGGCAGCCCAUGAUUUUAAAGUCUUCAAAUGACUUUUUCGCUGCGUUACCAUUCGAUAUGCUUGUCACCAAGAAUUAAGUUCUCUUGAUCCUAAUUGCUUUACUUAAGUCGUUAUCAUUUGUUUUUACUGCAAUAAAUAUUAUUAACUAA